CCACAAGACCAAAAUACAAGAGCUAUUUGUAGCAGAUCUGUGACGUCAACUUUGCUUUGUUAUCAUGAUGCAUGAGGUAAUAUCUGUUUUACCGUAAAUACACGUCUAAGACAAACACGAGAUAAUAGCACAUCAAUAAGACAUGGAAUUCACUUUCAUGCAGUGGUUGAUGAUAUAUAAAUAGUGUGUUUUGUUAAAUAACAACCAAAUAUAUUUUACAGCUUUAAAAAAAUGUUAAGUACACAGACUGAAGGGGAGAGCUACUGCUGGUAUUACGGUACUGUCAGCACCGAAGCGCUGCAGAGACUGGAGCAUUCAAGUGUAUUCAGUUUUCCAGGCAAGGAAGCUACAAGGUAUUAGUUUGGACCUGCUUAAAUUUAAACGUAUUUCGUUGGCGUUUUUGCAAUAGUUUGCUUAUUUGAAUAGGCAUUUGCAUAUUUCUGCGCUUUUAUCGGUUCCUGCAGUAAGAGUCGCUUCUUCAUCAACGCUUCUUCAUUCUUACUCAGCAUUCACGCGCAAGCUGUAAUAGUCUUAACUCGUUGCAUAAGGCUUUAACGAGUUAAACGUGGAUAUUGCCGUGUCAUCGGGUCGCUAAACACUACUGACCUUUAAAAUCAAGCCGUUAAUUGUUUUGAAAGUCAGACAUAGCUGGUGUUCAUGCCCGAUCUGCAGCGCUUCAGUUUUCCGUACCGUAGCAUGAAUUCUCCUCUCCAUCAUCAUCAUCAUCAUCAUCAGCAGCAGCAGCACCAACAGCAUCAGCACCCAGAAGGACCCGGUCAUCCCGAUUCUCCCUCCAGUUUACUCCCCGAGGCAGCGAUCUUCGGAGCUCCCGAUCCGUCCUCCUUUUUUCUCGGAGAACAACCCGUCCCUGCUGGUGUCACCCAAUCCGCACUUGACCUUACUGCAUCUUCCUACCUGCACUUUAGUCCAUCCCUUCACUGGUCCCAACCUCCUCCACCUACAGCCAUGGCAUUAAGAAACGAUCUGGGAUCCAAUAUCAGCGUCCUAAAGACUCUCAAUCUGCGGUUCCGUUGCUUUCUGGCUAAAGUGCAUGAACUGGAGAGACGCAAUAAAAUAUUGGAGUUACAGCUGCAGCAGGCUUUAGACAGCAAUAACAAGGGUGGAUGCACGGAGGAUGGAAAGACCAAAGAAAUUGGUGUGCAGACUGGCUUUAUUGGGCCCAUUGCUGUCCGGCCUGGGUCUUUAUCCUUUCAAAACACUAACAACUCUGCCAAACGACCCACUACAUUGUUUAUGCCUUCUCUUACAACUGUCCUCAAGCUUGAACCUAAUAAACCUGGGGAUGAGACCACAUCAGACCCGAAUAUUAAUAGAAACCCAACUAUCACAGUCAGUCUCUCAACCCCCACUACUGAGCCUGCUUCGGCCAACACAAACAACUCCAAUAAUACUCCACAUGUAAGCAGUGUUGGAACCGGGACAUCUCCAAACCCUCCUCCUCGCUUCCUCCCGGGCACUAUCUGGUCCUACAACCACACACGGAAACUGGGAAGCGGAACAGAGACUCGGGUCACCAGUCCUGGAGUUUCGUGGGUCCACCCAGACGGAGUGGGUGUACAGAUAGACACCAUCACCCCAGAGAUUAGAGCACUUUACAACGUCCUGGCCAAAAUCAAAAGAGAGAGGGAUGAGUACAAGAGAAGGUGGGAAGAGGAAUACACUAUGAGAAUGGACAUGGAACAAAGAAUGAAUGAUCUGCAGGAGGACCUACAGGAGAGUGAAGUAUGUCAGGAUGAAUUGGCCCUCAAGGUCCAACAGCUGAAAGCUGAACUUGUGCUCUUUAAAGGACUCAUGAGCAAUAACCUGUCGGAGCUGGACAGUAAAAUCCAAGAGAAGGCCAUGAAAGUGGACAUGGACAUCUGCAGACGCAUUGACAUCACAGCUCGUCUGUGUGAUGUCGCCCAACAAAGAAACUGCGAAGAUCCUAUCAAGAUCUUUAAGGUUCCAAGCCCUCAAAAUGCCAUCACCUCUCGUGCCCGUAAACAAGCCUCACAACCUGCCAAUGGCAGUGAGACAGAUGAGCCAGUCAGCACCUCUGAGAGUGAUGGAGGUGGUGCGCGAGAGGAUGAAGUUUGCACCCCUUCAACCCUCCAAAUCAAUGAGGAGAUGCAAAGAAUGUUGACACAACUGCGUGAGUGUGAGUUUGAAGAUGAUUGUGACUCUCUGGCUUGGGAAGAGACAGAAGAAACGCUUCUUCUCUGGGAGGAUUUCCCAGGAUGCACUGUAACAACAGACACCAGUCAGGGCGAGGAGGAGUGUUUGGAAAAGGUGAUUAAGGACACAGAAUGUCUUUUUAAGUCCAGGGAGAAGGAAUAUCAGGAGACUAUAGAUCAGAUAGAGUUGGAAUUGGCCACAGCAAAGUCUGACAUGAACCGUCAUCUUCAUGAGUACAUGGAGAUGUGCAGCAUGAAGAGAGGACUGGAUGUGCAGAUGGAAACCUGCAGGAGACUCAUCACCCAGAGUGGAAACAAUAAAUCCACUUCUCCUAUACCUGGAGGGGGUAUAGAUACAAACGGAGAAACUGAGAGAGAUAAAAUGGAGGAAGGUGGAAGAUAAUGACGACAACUGAUCCGACGAUGGUGUUUGAAAGAAGAAAAAGUGUCUCUCAUCUCUUCAUGGCUUCAUUUAACCUGGACUGGCUCUUCUUGUUGUGUUUCCGCAUGUUUGUCCAGUCACUCUAGAGGGGGUAAAUGGAAUUACAUUGUAAAAAAAAAAAAAAAAAAAAAACAUGUUCUGUGACAUUUUCCCUUCUGGUACGCCUUUACACCUUUCAUGAUUUUAAAGAUGAGAGUCCUCUCUUAAGUUUGUUUGCUAUUAUGUGACUUUAGCAAGCCUAUCCGCCAGUGAGUAUCAAUCAUGUUUUCCGAUCUCAUCUCUGAACGUCUGAGUCAUCAUAUUUUCAGCAGCGAACACAAUCACUUUUGAUUUCGUAUGUCUGGCAGAGAAUCACUGACAGUGUUUUACAAAGUUUCCAUUUCCUAGAGAAUUUGAGGGGACAUUUGCUCUCGAAUCAUUGCUGCAUGUACCGUUACGUGCUGCUGUAACCCGUGGGCCAGUAGGUGUGUUGUGCUUCCUGUCUGAGCUGUUGUAAACACAAGGCUGUCAUGCUAGUUAAGGGUUAAGGUAACUGUAGCCUGCACGUUCCCCAUCUUUGAGCUCAUGUUUGCAUGAAAUGUGUGACAUUUCAUGCUAACGGUAUUGUGCUGAUGCCAGGCUGCUUCGAAGUUUCGGCUAUACGCUGUUAGAAUUGUGAACUCUUUGAGUUCCUCUUUGCGGGUGGAAAACAUGAGUGAUAGGUGAGGUCAGAUGAGUGAGAUUUGAGGAUGUUAUGGCUCGGAGUACAUGUCAGAGCAUUACGCAUGUCAACCGCUGUGUUAUUUCCUUUUCACUUUUCCUCUCCUUUUAGUCCCAAAGAUAUGUUAUAUUCAGCCUUUUUCUCUGCUGGUGCAGAUAGGCUUCAGAAUAAGAAUUUCAUGAACAUGCUGUACAUGUAACGCUGCUAUAGAAAUGAGAGCUGCUUCAGUCCAUAAAAGUAUGUAGUGUUUUAAGGGUGUUUUUAUUUUGAAUAGUAAAGUCCCACUUUUGCCAUUAUUCUCAUUUGUAUCCAUAGCUAAAUCCUUACUGGUGCCUGAUGUAAAGGUCUGUUGAUUUGCAGUUGUAUUGGGAGCACACUGCCUAUGUUCUGUCAAGAACGAGUUAUUUUCAUGAUCAUGGUUUCCUUGUUCUUUUGGAGUUUUAGGCGCAUCCCAUGUUGUUAGAGGUCUAAUAACAAUGACUUUAGAGAUGGGCUAAAGAAAUAUAGGGUAAGAGGUGUUUGACACUACAUUUUAACAGCAGGGUGUAAUAGAAGCCCAUCUCAGAGUUGGCUUUUUUAAAAUAAUUGUUUAAAGUUUAUUUUGCACAGUUUUUCUUUUUUCACAUAAUUGCAAGGUUAUAUCUCGCAAUUGUUUGUUACUUAAAAUAUAACUUGUAAUGGUGACUACGGUAUAUCAAAUUUGUCAUCAUUUGCUGUUAUUCUGACGGUAUCGUACAAUUGAUUUAAAAUCUCAAAUAUGCAUCUUUGCUUUGUGUAGUUACAUUUUAUAUUACACAAUUGCAACUUUUUUCUCAUCAUUUAAUUUUUCUCACAAUUGUGACAAUGAUUAACAUAAUUGUGACAAAACAUCACAUCAUGAUUCCAUAUUUUUUAUUGGUGUUUUUUUAAACUCUGAGAUGUAAAUGGAGAAUAAAUGUGCACAUCAACUUUUUAUAAGCAUGCCUCAGAUUAAGAUUUUUCCAGUAUAAUGAACCCACAUAGUAUGAUAUUACCCUGCAGGCACAGGACAUCAACAUGACGUCAUAUUGAUGUUGUACCCCAAUGUUGUGGGAACGUUGGAUUUUCUCUUGAAAUUAAAAUCACGUUGACGUCAGAACCCAACGUCAGUGUACAACGUUCAACUUUCAAAUCAGCCUAAAAUCACCCAAAUAUCAUCGUCUAAUCAUGUUACACCUUGACAUUGUAUGGACAUAAUCACUAUGACAUUUAUCAGACAUUACAUUUUGACCACUUUCCAACACAACCCUGCCUCACUGAAGCUAAGCAGGGCUGAGCCUGGUCAGUACCUGGAUGGAAGACUACAUGGGAAAACUAGGUUGCUAUUGGAAGUGGUGUUAGUGAGGCUAACAGGGGGAGCUCAACCUGUGGUCUGUGGGAGCCCUAAAGCCCCAGUAAAAAGUAAACGGGACAACAAACUGUCAGUGGGUGCUGUCUUCCGUAUGAGACAUUAAACCAAGGUCCUGACUUCUUGUGGUCAUUAAAAAUCCCAUGGCACUUCUCUUAAAAGAGUAGGGGUGUAAGCCCGGUGUCCUGGCCAAAUUAUCUCCAUUGGCCCUUACGAUCAUAGCCUCUCAUUCAUUCACUUCCCCUAUAGCUGGUGUCUGGUGAGUGCACUGGUGCCAUUGCCUGUGGGUGCUGUUGCAUUAUCCUAGUGAAUGCUCCACACUGGUGAUGGUGUAGAGAGACCCCUUCAUGAUUAUGAAGCACUUUGAAUGUAUGGCCAUCCACGAUAAAUGUGCUAUGUAAAUACAUUAUUAUUAUAAUACAUUAUUGGACUUCAAAAUAACGUAAUCUUAAUAGCGUAACCUUAGAUGGUGGCUGUCAUGACCCAGAUCUAACCUAAUAAUAAUGUCUUAUGAUGUUGUGUGCCUGCUGGGUAAUAAACUAAAGGUUUAAUCGAUUGAAGAAUGAACUCAUGGAUCUCUAUAUUUUCAGAAGUAGGUCUAACAAAUGGCUUAAUGAGCAUAUUUUCUUUCCAGGCAAUCUACAAAAGUAAGAUACUGGUUGGUUAGAUGUGCUGCAGAAUGAUCUUUCAGUUUCUUGAGCAGUAUAUCAUGUAAAUUAAUGCGCAAUCUGAUUCCUGAUAAAAGUUCUCAAGAGCCUCACAUGAUUUGUAAUAAUCAGUCUAAUUCUAAUCAAACACCCACAGGGACUAAUACAGUAGUUUGAAAAGAAACUGACAAACCGACUUCUUGUUGGCUUUGUUGGUCAUUCAUAUCUGUAGUCAUAGCUAGUCUAAGUGUAAACCACAGCUUGCAUUCAAGAAUAGAGACUUUAGCAGAGAUAUUUUCCAGUGCCAAAUAAAACAUUCAGGAAAGCGUCUACACACGAAAUGAAAACUGCUUUUAAAAACAUGGUGCUGUUCAUCCAGCAUGUACAUUUCCGCUGCAGUAAAAACAAAGAGUGAAUGUUUUAGUAAACACAUGAUAGUACAUAUCACUUUCUAUGAUGAGCCAGAGCAGAAUUGAAUCAUUUGAACAAUAUGUUAUGAGACAUCCUCAGGUUAUUUUUUCUUUUUAUCUUGUUCUAUUUUUGCAUAACGUCUGAUGAACAACAUUGUGUGUCUGCCUUAGGUUUUCCCCUCUGACCACUGUGAAGUUCUGUCGGGGAUUUGCAGAUUUGUUCGAUUUUGCUGAAGUUAUGCUCUAUGGGUAUAUAGAAACAGCCUUAUGAUAUUAAAUAAUAUUUUUUGUUUGAUAAAAGUGCAGAAAAAUCAAAGGAUUUUGAUGAUUGAUUCAUUAAAAUGUCAAAUAUGGUUUUGUUUGUUUUUUUUUGUGACUGAUUUCUGCUGCCAAUAAGAUGUGCUGUACACAACUGAGCCAUAGUUCAUUCACAGUAACUCAUUUAAUUCCUUUUUUAUUGUUCUGCAUCACUGAGCUGAAC